AACGGCCCACGGUUAAAGCCAGACGAUGAGUCUUGCCCGUCAAUAUAGAAAAAAAAAAAAGGACAAAGGGGGAAAAGGCUUCACGCAGUUGUCUCUGUCUCGCCGCCGCCGGCAUCCUCGCCGUCGCCCCGGACCGCGAUCUUCCUGCGACCUCGUUGUGAUGGCCACCCCCGUCAAACCCGAAUCGGCCGCCGCGGCACCGAAAGCGCCGCAGCCGCAGCCACCGGUGAAGGGGGCCAUCAUGCGCCGGGUCUUCCCCUUCCUCCUGGCCACCAACGUCUUCAUCGGAGUUUAUGUAUUUGCGAAGACCUACAAACGAGACCAGGACAAGAAAAAUGCUGAGGCUGCAGCAGCAGCCGCAGCAGCAGCCCCACCCGCUCCAAUUGCUAAGCCUGCAGAGCCUGCUCCUCCACCCAAAAGAGUAUUCCCACCAUUAUCCCAAGAUGAGCAGCGCCAAGUCUACAAGUGGAUGCUGGAAGAGAAGCGGAGGACCAAACCACAGACUGCUGCUGAGAAAACCAAAAUCAAUGAAGAAAAGGCUCUUCUCAAGGAGAUCAUCCGAGCAGAGUAUCUCCCUCGUUUGUGGUGAUUUCGCCAGUUCUCCUGCUGGCUUUGGUUGUUUUGCGCUCUUGCAGUUCCAGGAAGGGUGUGUUGACACAAGAGUAUGAUUUUGCAGGCUGAUACGACACCAUUUGGUAGUUGGCACAAAUAGUAUGGGAAGCUGUUUCCUUUCGUUUGGAAAUAUUCUUUAGCACAUUGCUUGAAUACCAAGGGGCUGUUUUGUUCAGAUAGCCUGGCCAGGAGGUGGCCGAAGAUGAGCAAGCCUGUGACUUUGAAUUAGGUUGGCAUCUGAGACCACAUCUAACCUCCAGGAAUUUGAAUUAGGUUGCAGAACAUUUCUAGUGUGAUGAGCCAGUGACUUGAUUACUAUGCUUCACAAGGAAUUUGUUUAUCUUCAAAGCAACAUUAUUUGUC